ACCGCAGGACAGUGCAAAAGCAGCGGGUGCUUUCCUUUCCCAUAUCCAAUGUGCCUCGUAGAUUUUGGCGGCUGAAUGUCAUCGGUUUGGAUGAACGCUCCAUGUGAGACCUCAAGUGAAACCCCUUGUAGAUACGUAGAUGAGAAACGUAAGCCUAGAGUUUGGCUGGGCUUAGGAGCAAAGACUGGCCGGGGGGAAGAGCUGUGUUCACUCUACGGAUUGCCAGUAGAAAGCCGAGAAAGGACCUGGAUGUGGUAAGAGAAAUCGAUGAGAAAAGGAACGAAAAACACUUCCACUUGGAAUACGUGUCCUUCCUUCUUAAAGUACUUACUUCUUCGUUUACAUUUGUGCUCGCUAGAAUGUUUGUCUGUAGUGUGAAAUCUGAAUACCCUACUACUCCCUGAGGUAGUCAACAUUGCUCCGAACAUGGCCUCGGUUGCAGCAUGGCUCCCCUUUGCAAGGGCAGCCGCUAUUGGUUGGGUGCCAAUUGCCACCAACCCAUUGCCACCUCCUCCGAUGAUUGACAGCAAGCAUCGGACCGAAGACGAGAAGUUAGUGGUGAAUAUCUCAGGCCGUCGAUUCGAAACUUGGCAAAACACGCUAGAGAAGUAUCCAGACACAUUGCUAGGGUCCAAUGAAAAAGACUUUUUCUAUGAAGAAGAAUCCCAAGAGUACUUUUUCGAUCGUGAUCCGGACAUCUUCCGGCACAUCCUGAACUAUUACAGAACUGGCAAGCUACAUUUCCCCAAGAACGAGUGUCUCACCCAAUAUGAUGAAGAACUUGCAUUUUUCGGUAUCAUGCCUGAUGUGAUUGGAGAUUGUUGCUACGAGGAUUAUCGGGAUCGCAAACGAGAAAACGCGGAACGUCUCAUGGACGAUAAACUUGACGAAGAGGAAGGUGGUGAUGGAAUCAUUCCCGAGAAAUUGCGGGAGCGUAUGUGGCGGGCAUUUGAGACCCCUCACACAUCAACGCCAGCCUUGGUCUUCUACUAUGUUACGGGAUUCUUUAUUGCCGUCUCAGUUAUGGCGAAUGUGGUUGAAACUGUCUCAUGUGGGCGAGUAGCCGGAAGAAAUGACGUGCAACCCUGUGGGGAAAAAUAUAAGAUUAUGUUCUUUUGCCUCGAUACUGCUUGCGUUAUGAUCUUUACCGCAGAAUAUUUUUUGCGGCUUUACGCAGCACCCGAUCGGUGCAAGUUCAUGCGGAGCGUCAUGAGUGUCAUCGACUUCGUGGCAAUCAUGCCCUACUACAUUGGCUUGGGACUCUCUGACGAUAAUGAAGUUUCAGGAGCAUUUGUGACUCUGCGUGUAUUUCGUGUUUUUAGAAUCUUUAAAUUUUCAAGGCAUUCCCAGGGCCUCAGAAUUCUCGGGUACACUCUCCAAUCUUGUGCAUCAGAACUUGGAUUUUUGGUGUUUUCACUUGCCAUGGCCAUCAUCAUAUUUGCAACAAUAAUGUUCUAUUGUGAAAAGAGUGUGGUAGGAUCCACUUUCACCUCGAUUCCAGCUGCAUUUUGGUAUACAAUCGUCACCAUGACAACCCUGGGAUAUGGAGAUAUGGUACCCAGCACAAUGUUGGGUAAGCUCAUUGGAGGAGUAUGCUCACUCUCGGGAGUGUUGGUAAUUGCUCUACCCGUUCCCGUCAUUGUGUCAAACUUCUCUAGGAUUUAUCAUCAAAACCAACGAGCUGAUAAGAGACGGGCACAAAAGAAAGCGAGAUUAGCCAGAAUCCAGAUUGCAAAAGCAACCUCCGGUGCUGCAUUUGUGUCGAAGAAAAAAGCGGCAGAGGCAAAGAUGGCGGCUCGAGCAGCUGGAAUCGCCGUUGAUGACAACGGAAAAGAGGACAUAUUUGAAAUGCAACACCAUCAUCUCUUGCGCUGCUUGGAAAAAACGACAGAUCGAGAAUUCGUGGAGGUUGACCUUCCCUUCAAUGGAGCACCUAAAAAGUUAGGGACCAGUCCAGUUCGAUCUGCUUCACCUGACAAGAGCAAAGUCCCAAACGUAUUUAGCUCAUGCUAUUGUUGCCAAGGGGAUCCACAUCAAUUAGAACUAGAGAGUGGCAAAGCCACUCCUAAUCAAGGGGGAAAUUGUUCAGAUUCCAAUUCUGGUCAUCCUCAUAACAGAAAGAUCAACAUUGGAAACAGAAGAGAAGACGAUUUCAAUGACGUUCAAGUUCGCUUUACUCAUCACGAUGACCGCCAUAAAUCAUCUUCUGCCCUGCAAACACAAGAAACGUCAUUUCCAUCCUCUAAUAUAGAAGACACUUCCGGAGAAGCAAUAUCUGAUAAUCAGACCAAUGUGAAAAUUUCGAACCUCUGACCGAUGUGUACAGUAUUAUGACUUCCCAUUACCCAUAUAAACAAUAAAAUGUUUGCCCAAAUAA